UGAGGGAGAAAAAUAGAUAAAGCGCCGGUGAUGUGGAGUCUUCUUAUCCGUUCACCUCGUAACGCGCAAACUCACCACUGUCAAACUCAUCACUUCUGUUCGCAUUCACGAUGAAAGCUCAUCUACUUUUCGCGAACACAUUCUCUUCGCCAUUUUCAAACUCAACUUAUCGACUGAAGAAACCGUUUAUUCAUUUUAAACUAUCAUCACCUCAUGUCGCAUUCCUCAACACAAGAAGUUUCCUUCGCUUUCACUCACUUCGCCUUCCUUCAAACUCUAACUCUGAGGCCGUGAAAGGGGUGAGAUUUGAUGGACUAGGAAUUGAUAUUGAGGAAGGAAUGGUUGGUGAAGAUGAUGAUGUGGUGGUGGAGACUUGUAUCACGCGUACUCUGCCUCCAGCAUUGACGCUUGAGCAUGGGAUUCAGAGUGUUAAGGAGGCUGUGGAGGAGUUGAAGUUGGAUCCCCCUAAGUCUACUUGCGGAGUUUUAAGAUUUCAGAUUGCUGUGCCUCCGAGUGCAAAAGCUUUAAAUUGGUUUUGUUGUCAACCAGAGUCAUCAGGAGUAUUUCCUGUAUUUUUUCUUUCUAAGGAAAUGGAGAGCCCAACUUGCAAAUCAUUAUAUUUGAAUCAAACUCGUGGUGUGUUUGGAAUCGGAACUGCUAUUUACUUUACUCAUUCUUCUUCAUGUGCUAAAGGAGAGCGAAGUGCUCUAAAGAGAUAUUUCUCAAAUGAUUCAAUCCCUGUAACAACUUAUGGUUUCAUGGAUUGUAAUUGUGACUUAAAGUCAUCUUCCAUGAAGCAUGAGGCUGGUUCUUUUUACUUCUUUGUUCCUCAGAUAGAAUUAAAUGAGCACGAGGAUAUUUCUAUCUUAGCAGCAACACUGGCAUGGGGUGAUGCGCUGCAUUGUACAUUCAAGCAGGCCCUUCAAUCUUAUGAGUCAUCUUUAUGCCAGGCCAGCUGUCAUUUAUGGCCUGCUACAGAGGGAUGCAACUCCAGAUACAUAAAAUCUGCUCUCAGAAAGCUUAAUAUGGUAUGUGUGAAUGCUACUUCAAUGGUCACAAGAGUUUUUGGCUCUGAUCCCAUGGAACUGGGAGAUGCUGUUUUCUACCAGUUUUCUUUCAGACUUUCACCGACUGUUGGUGUUUCCAGUAACAUGAUAGAUCAUGCUUGUGAAAUGAAUCACCCCUUGGGAGAUCAUGCAAAUAUCAAUGCUGUUUGGGCAUCACUUUUAGUUGAAGAAUGUUCUCGUCUUGGUUUGACGUACUUUUGUAUAGCUCCAGGUUCAAGAUCCUCUCCCCUUGCUGUUGCUGCUUCCUCUCAUCCCCUAGCAACAUGUAUUGCUUGUUUUGAUGAACGGUCGCUUGCUUAUCAUGCUGUUGGUUAUGCAAGAGGAUCUCACAAACCUGCAGUAAUCAUUACAUCAUCUGGCACUGCUGUUUCCAAUCUUCUUCCAGCUGUUGUAGAAGCCAGCCAGGAUUUUGUGCCAGUUUUAUUACUUACUGCAGAUCGUCCACCAGAAUUUCAGGAUGCUGGAGCAAACCAAGCAAUCAAUCAGGUAAACCAUUUUGGUUCUUUUGUACGUUUCUUCUUCAGUCUUCCUGCACCCACCGAUGAGAUUCCUGCACGGAUGGUACUUACCACGCUUGACUCUGCUGUCCAUUGGGCAAUGUCAGCACCUUAUGGCCCUGUUCAUAUCAACUGCCCUUAUAGGGAGCCAUUGGAUAACAGUCCAAAAAAAUGGUUGUCAAGCUGUUUGAAGGGAUUAGAUAUAUGGAUGUCAAGCACUGAACCAUUCUCUAAAUAUAUUCAAGUGCAUCAGUGUCAUGGAUGGAAGAUUAACGCUCAUAGCCUUAUAACUGAAGUGCUAGAACUAAUUCAAGGUGCUAACAGAGGGCUUUUUCUUGUUGGUGCAAUGCAUAGUGAGGAUGAUAUGUGGGCAGCUCUUCUUUUGGCUAAACAUCUUCAAUGGCCAGUUGUAGCUGACAUCUUGUCAGGAUUACGGUUGAGAAAGCUCUUUGCAUCCUUUCCUGAAAUUGAAGAAAAUCUUUUAUUCCUUGAUCAUUUUGAUCAUGCUCUGCUCUCAGAAUCUGUCAAGGCUUAUGUGCAGUUUGAUGUAAUUCUUCAGAUUGGAGGUCGGAUUACUAGCAAAAGGAUUUCUCAGGUGCUAGAGGAAUGUUUUCCUUGCACAUAUAUCUUGGUUAACAAUCAUCCAUAUCGUCAAGAUCCUUCACAUUUGGUAACGCACAGGAUUCAGAGUACGAUUGUUCAAUUUGCUGAUAGACUGCUUAAAGUUCAAGUUCCACAUAGGAGAAGCAAAUGGUGCAGUUAUCUGCAAACAGUUCAGAUGAUGGUUGCAUGGGAGAUAUCGUUUCAGAUUUGUGGCAACUACUCAUUGUCUGAACCGCAUGUUGCACAUGUACUUUCCAAGGCACUGACGUCAGAUUCUGCUCUUUUUGUCGGUAACAGCAUGGCAAUACGAGAUGCAGAUAUGUAUGGACUUAGUUGGACAACUUGUACUCACACUACCUCAGAUCUGAUGUUAAACUCACAGCUACCAUAUAACUGCAUACGGGUGGCUGGAAAUAGAGGAGCUAGUGGAAUUGAUGGUUUGCUUAGCACAGCCAUUGGUUUUGCUGUGGGAUGCAAUAGACAGGUAAGUACUCUGUGUUAUGGAGAUGUUUCUUUCCUUCAUGAUACAAAUGGCUUGGCAGUUUUGAAACAGAGGACAAUGCAGAAACCCAUUCUGAUACUUGUGAUAAAUAAUCAUGGUGGUGCAAUCUUCAGCUUUCUUCCAAUUGCAGAUAGAACUGAACCAAAAGUCUUAAAUCAGUAUUUCUACACUGCCCAUGACAUUUCAAUCGGCAAGCUGUGCAUGGCACAUGGUGUAAAGCAUUUAGUAGUGAAGACAAAAAUGGAACUUGAAGAUGCUUUAGUAACAUCUCAGCAUCUAGGAACUGAUUGUGUCGUUGAAGUUGAGAGCUGCAUUGGUGCAAAUGCCACCUUCCACAGUACUUUAAGAAAACUUGCAUGCCAAGCAGCAGAUCAUGCUUCGAACAUCCUUUCAAGGUUUUCUUUUUCAGAUUCUAUUUCAUGUGGGCUCUCUAUUUCUAAGGUUCAUAAACUGGAGUAUUCACUGUAUAGAAUUCAACUUUGUGCUCCACCUACUUCAAGUCCUGUUAAGCAUGACCAAAGUAAAAUCUACAGAGAAGGUUUUAUUUUAUCGUUGUAUCUUGAAGAUGGAAGUGUUGGGUAUGGUGAGGUUGCACCUCUCGAAAUCCACGAGGCCCUGCUGGAUGUUGAAGAGCAACUUCGAUUUCUUCUUCAUGUUAUGAAAGGAGCUAAUAUCAGUUAUUUCUUACCUCUGCUAAAGGGCUCGUUCUCUUCAUGGAUAUGGACAGAGUUAGGAAUACCAGUAUGUUCAAUAUUUCCAAGUGUUAGAUGUGGAUUGGAAAUGGCUAUUCUUAAUGCUAUUGCUGCAAGACAUAAUACCAGCUUUUUAAAUAUACUAUAUCCCAAGAUAGAAACAGAUGAAGGAAUAUCUAAACGCUCAUCAAAUGUUAAGAUAUGUGCCCUCAUUGAUUCUAUGGGGACACCUGCGGAGGUUGCUAAUAUUGCUAUAACUCUUGUUGAAGAAGGGUUCACUGCCAUCAAGCUUAAAGUUGCACGCCGAGGAAAUCCCUUUCAAGACGCUGCAGUUAUACAAGAAGUAAGAAAGAAGGUUGGUCCCCAUAUUGAACUCCGUGUGGAUGCCAAUCGUAAAUGGAACUACGAAGAAGCUCUUGAAUUUGGCUUUUUGGUUAAAAAUUGUGACAUACAAUAUAUUGAGGAGCCCGUUCAGGAUGAAGAUGAUAUAAUAAAAUACUGUGAAAAAAGUGGCUUGCCUGUAGCCCUGGAUGAAACCAUUGACAAAUUCCAAGAAAAUCCUCUUAAAAAGCUUGAGAAGUAUGCUAAUCCAGGAAUAGUUGCUGUUGUGAUCAAACCAAGUGUCAUUGGGGGUUUUGAAAAUGCAGCAUCAAUCGCAAGAUGGGCUCAGCAACAGGGGAAGAUGGCUGUUGUCAGUGCUGCAUUUGAAAGUGGCCUAGGUUUGUCAGCAUAUAUUCUUUUCUCCUGCUAUCUGGAGCUACAAAAUGCAGAUUUAUGUAAAGUGAUGAACCGUGAACUGGCCCCACCUAUGGCCCAUGGUCUUGGAACUUAUCAAUGGCUUAAAGAAGAUGUGACAACUCAUCCUAUCGGGAUUUGUUAUAAUCCAUGCAGUGGCUUGGUAGAAGCUUCUGUUGCUAACGCUGCCCAACUCAUGCAAAAAUUUCAAAUCAACCACAAAAUCAUACGUAGAACUUUCACUGAGGAGCAAGUGUCUAGAGACCAGUUGAUUGUUAAUUCAAAGGACGUCUCCAGUUCCAUCAAAGUGCUAGAAAUUGGAGAAAGAGUUGAUAAUAAUGUACUUAUAUUUCUGCAUGGUUUUCUUGGAACUGGUGAAGACUGGAUUCCUAUCAUGAAGGCCAUCUCAGGAUCUGCGAGAUGCAUUGCCAUUGACCUUCCUGGCCAUGGAGGAACAAAGAUACAAAGUCAUAGUGAUAGUGGAGUCACACAUGUACCAGCUUUGUCAAUUGAUGUAGUUGCAGACGUAUUAUGUAAGCUGAUUGAACAGAUUACUCCCAAACAAGUUACCCUGGUUGGAUAUUCAAUGGGAGCAAGAAUUGCCUUGCACAUGGCCCUUCGGUUUGCUGAUAAGAUCAAGGGAGCUGUUAUAUUAUCUGGAAGCCCUGGAUUAAAAGAUGCAAUAGCAAGAAAAAUUCGUAGAGCCAAAGAUGAUUCCAGAGCAUGCUCCCUUGUUGCUCAUGGCCUGCAAACUUUUGUAGAUAUCUGGUACACUGGAGAGCUCUGGAAAAGCUUGAGGAGGCAUCCACAUUUCAAUCUAAUAUUAUCCAGCCGCUUGCAGCACAAUGAUGUGGAAAGUCUUUCGAGAUCUCUGUCUGAUUUAAGCAUCGGGAGACAACCGUCAUUGUGGGAAGAGUUGAAGCAAUGUAAAACACCUCUCAUGGUGAUUGUAGGAGAGAAAGAUGGGAAAUUCAAAGCAAUUGCUGAGGAAAUGUUGUAUGAACUCAGUGAUGGUAGACAUGAGGGAGGAAAGAAGAUGCAUGAGAUGGUUGAAAUCCCUAAUUGUGGGCAUGCUGUCCAUCUGGAAAAUCCUCUCCCUGUAAUCCGUGCCAUCAGGCAGUUUUUCGCUAGACAAAGGUAAGAGUUUAGCUCCUUAAAGAGUAUAGUUUGGUAGCCAACCUAAAUUCUAGAACUGAGGAAUAUUAUUCAACAAUAGGCUUAGCUUAUUAUCACUCUCAGUAGCUUAGAUCUGCAUGUCGUUUUUUCAGCUUAAACUCCAAGGAUAAUUCUAACUGUAUUUCUUCACUUUGAUCACAUUUUUAAGAUGGAGUUCAGCUCGCUAUAGAAUAUGGUUUGCAUGCGAA